AUGACCAUUACGGACUUCUCCGUGCGCAAAAAGAGCUACAGCUACCUCACCACCCAGGCGAGCUACCCAAACCAUGAUUCCAAGGCGGUCCUCGAUGCCUUCGAUCCCACCAAAGAUCUUCAGUUGCAAGAUCUGAACAGCCUUGUCGAAAAGGGCAUUCAAGGAGGCGCCCCAGCCUGGUACACGGGAUGGCUCAAGGAACAGGAGAACGUCAUUAAUCUCUGGCAUCGGCCGAUGAUUAGAUACACCACGGUUGGCGAAAAGAAGGAGCCGCAUUUUGAUAAGUUGUACGUGCUGGACCACGAUGUUCUGGAGAACGGGAGCGACAAACUGGCAUUCUCUUGGCCGGCAAAGGCCUUCUCAAAAACCGAUCCGGUUAAGUUGGAGGCGUGGUUGAUAAACGAGGAGCUGGAACAGGAUCAAUCCAAGGUGUUCGUUAUGGAGGAUAUCACUGACAAAGAUCCUGAGACGGCAUACGACCUACUGGUUACGCGCAAGCGAAUGCCCAUUCCCAAGGAGUUCUUGGAUAUCACUUGGGACAGAUCAUCGGCACACGAAGUCUUGCAAUUGGUGAUUGACAGAAUCAAGGUUCUCCCCACCCUCUGGCACGAGCUAGCAAAGUGUAGGAAGCACAAAUCAAUUGGAAUUGUGCAGUCCCUACUAGACCAUGAGGCAGAGAAGUGUCAGAUAAUCAAAUCCGUAGCUGUAAUGAGAGCCUCAACGCUCUAG